AUGCCACACAAGCCCCGCGUCAGUCUAGGCCUUCUAACCUUCGGCCCUGAAGGUUCUGAGGCUGAUGGAACUCGCAUCACAUCUUUGGACAAAUUCAACGAGUGCCUCGACUACUUACAAUCGCGAGGUUAUAACGAAGUCGAUACUGCCCGCACUUAUGUUGGCGGAAAACAGGAAGCCUGGACCAGGCUUACCAACUGGCGCGACCGCAAACUUACCCUGGCGACAAAGUGGUACCCCUACAAAGCUGGCGAUCAUUCCAAGGCCGUUAUCAAGGAAAACCUGAUGAAGAGUCUAAGCGAACUGGGUUCUGAUAGUGUGGAUAUUUUCUACCUGCACGCGCCUGAUCGUUCAAUUCCGUUUCAAGAGACUCUUGAGGCCUGCAAUGAGUUGUACAAGGAGGGCAAGUUCAAAAAGCUGGGCCUGAGCAACUACGCAGCCUGGGAGGUCGCCGAACUCUGUACCAUUGCAGACCAGAAAGGAUGGGUCAAGCCAAGCCUUUAUCAAGCCAUGUAUAAUUGCUUAACUCGAGCCAUCGAGGAAGAACUAGUCCCUUGUUGCCGCAAGUUCGGUCUAGAUAUCCUCGUUUACAACCCGUUGGCAGGAGGCGUCCUCAGCGGAAAGUAUCAAAGUAAGGAAUACUCAGAUGACGGUGGUCGAUUUUCUAGUUCAAAUACUAGCUUCGGCGCUAUGUACCGCGACAGAUAUUUCAGGGAUGAUAACUUUGAGGCUUUGAAGGUCAUCCAGCCGAUCGCUGACAAAUGGGACCUUACACUUUUAGAGAUUGCAUUCAGAUGGUUGGUCCACCACAGCAAGCUUAACGUCAAAAACGGCAAUGAUGGAGUUGUAAUUGGAGUUAGCUCCCUGAGUCAGCUGGAGAGCAAUUUAAACAAUCUGGAAAAGGGCCCAUUGCCCGAUGAGGUAGUAAAGGUACUGGACAAGGCUUGGGAAAUAACUAAACCGUCUUCUAUCACAUAUUGGAGAUAA